AUUUUUUUAAGGUUGACCCUUAUAUCAUUAACUUCGCUAACCUUCUCUCUUACAUGCCAAAUAGAAGACACGUUAGCAACGACCACCUUUGUUUUAUGAAUCCAUGUGGCAAUGACAUGUGUAUAAUGACAUGCAAUGGUUGAGGCAUGGCAUCUUCAUCUUGUGUGGUCGCCAAUCUGAUGCGUCGAGAUCUUCUGCAACAAUGAAUCCUUUUCCUUUAGCAUAUGGAAGAAGUGUUUGUGUGAAUAGAGAGUUUUCGUGCAAACUUCCAAUAGCGAAGAUAAUCGUGGAAGUAGUUUCUGGAGAUGCCCCAAUUGGAAUAAUCCAAACUCCUGCACCUUUUGAGUGCAUAGACGAAGACUCUUCUACCAAUGAAGCAAAAAUUGUAAUGGGACCAGAGGAGUACUAUAUGAAGCAUCAUGGUGAGAAUUCAUGAAGGCUUUGCUCAAACAAUGCCAGACAAAUUUGAUCAACAUAUCUUGAACACAAUCUAAGCAAUUCUAUUAUGAGAGCAUAAUGCUUUAUGUUUGUCUCUAUAUUGAAGAAAGUGGGAUGUGACCAUGUAGAGUUGGGAAAGACAAUUUUUUUUUGUCCAACGGAAUAAUAUUUAGUAUUGUUGUUGUACUGAAGUUGCUUUUUCCAAGUAUUAAUUGAUGUUAUAAUUAUGUAACUUGGUUUUAAGUUUUUAGUUUGUUUUGGUUCCUUCUCACAAAACUUAAGGA